AUGGCAGUGUUUGUCGACCUUGAUGACGAUGACGGUCAACAGUCUCACAGUCAUUGGAGUCAAAAGCUUCACUUGGCCCAGCCUGAACGCCGCCAGCCAGCCCUCUCAGGCGAGCUAAAAUUGGUUGACGACAAGACUGCAACAACGCAGACUCGCGACGUCACUCCCGUAGAUCCUCGUCCUGCAGACGAGCAGGUCACAACCAACAAAUUGGCUGCUGCUCUUACAUGCUACCCGAUUGCCUUGUCGUUGGCUUCGCGCCUUGACCUCAACGACUUAUAUGCCUUGGCAUCCACCUGUCGGAUGGUCCAUCGAAGCCUGCGACAAUAUGCACAGCACCUCAAGGCUCGAUCCCUACGUUGCAGCCGAGAUGGCACAUCAGAUGAACAGACUCACACUGUGGAUGAAGAAUUGCAUGGCCAAGAGCCGGUGAUCGACAUCUCGAUCUACACAGCCGCCCCAACCCAGCGAUUUGAGCACCCACCUGAUCUGGUAGCAAGAGCAGGGUAUCAGAGUGUGCCUCACAGCUUGCCUUCUCCGUUGGGUAUUUCAAACAAAAUCGGUGCCUGCGCUCGAGACUUGGUUGGAGAAUGUCGCAGUUGUGGAACUAUAGUCUGCCGCAAUUGCACCAUCAAAACCCCCACUAAUGCCUGGCUACGAGAUCGAUAUCGGAGACUGUGCAAAACCUGUUUGGAUGCCCCUUUUGAAGAGCACCUCCAUCCGCUGUGUUCGCCAUCGGACGGAGCCGAUGGGCAGCUUCCAUCCAGUGCAAGUUCAAUCAAGUCGGAACGUUCAUUUUCCUCUUCUUCGUCCUCAAGUGAGGAUCGACCCGUCUUUCCUCGGGUCGAUCACGAUCAAGAAGAUGUUGCAUCACGCACUGCCUUGGCAUUUCGGCGCGGACCAUGCACCUGUGCAUCGCGUGGAGUUUUUUUGUGUACAGACUGCGGGCAGAAUCUCCGAGCAGCGGACACAACGUAUAAGCGAGUAUGGACGUGGCGCUCCCGCUACUCAACGCACAUUGGUGGAGGUCUAGGCACUGGGCUUGGCCAGGGUAAUCAAGGGCAAAAGUGCGGGCGGGGAGAGCAUUGCUUGGACAGCAGUGUGACAACAGUGUGCUGGGUUGAGAUUGAUUGUGCGGAAGGCAUCAACCAGGAGCAGCCACGAGAUCUAGACCACAGUACAUUGGCACAGACGGGAACCCCGGACUAUACAAACAAAGAGCCGGGAUACUUCCAGCAGGAGAUAGAAGGGAUUGGAGGGGUGGUCAAGAAGAAAGUGAAAAAGCGAGUCAAAGUUGGUGCCACUGUCUGGGAGUUUGAGGAUGAAAGAGGAAGUGGGAAGUACUUGGAACGAGAAUCGCGCGGUAAACUACGGAGUUGGUGUGGAUGGUGCGGGCGAGUCUGUCCAGGAGAAGAUGAUCAACCAGAGUCCUGGAUGCAUACAGUGAUGCUCUAA